AUGGUGUGCUUAGAAUACAACUUUCACGAAGUAUCAAAUGUUCUUAGAAUAGGAGUAUCUCCUUCCGACCUUCAGGCAACCUUCAGCUGCGUCUCACAUGCAUCUCAUUUCUUUAUAGGUUUAACGCUCUUAUAGACACUUCGAGCAACACAAUUGAAGUGCUUAUUUCAUGUGUAUACCAACUUUAUUGCCGCUGCUAAGUAACACAAAAUAAACAAAAUUAUGGUUAUAAAUUUAAAAAGUCGUCAUAAUUUUAUUUAGUGUUAAGAGUGCAGUGAAUGAAUAAUUAUAAACCGACCGACGGAUUAAUUACAUACCCACCAAAACGAAAUCAACCUGACUUUACAUACGUAACCAUUCGAAGCGAAUGCCACAUAAGAAAUUAUUUGCAACAAAUAUAAGGAAAAGAUCACAAUGAGCGAACGUGAGUUACAAAGUUGUAACUCUGGUGGACAAUUCAUGGAUCGCGGGCGCAUGAAUCAAAAUGGGGUUGUACAACCCCUUUUGACAGAUUUGUAUCAGAUUACAAUGGCAUAUGCUUAUUGGAAGUCGGGAAAAACGGAUGACCAAUCAGUGUUUGAUUUAUUCUUUCGAACGAAUCCGUUUCAUGGUGAAUUCACUAUAUUUGCUGGACUAGAAGAAUGCUUAAAGUUUUUGGACAGCUUUCAUUAUUCUGAUAGCGAUAUUGAUUAUUUGCGACAAACGUUACCCGAAGGUGUAGAAAAUGAAUUUUUUAAUUACUUAGCCGGCUUAACGGCAAAAGAUGUAACCUUAUACGCCAUUGAUGAGGGAACAGUGGCCUUUCCCAGGGUUCCUAUUAUCAAAGUUGAAGGACCUUUGAUAAUUGUCCAGUUGCUGGAAACAACAUUAUUGACAUUGGUGAAUUAUGCGAGUUUAAUGGCGACGAAUGCGGCACGUUAUCGCAUGGUGGCUGGAAAACAUGUAAAGUUAUUAGAAUUCGGUCUACGACGUGCACAGGGGCCAGAUGGGGGACUAUCUGCUUCAAAAUAUUCAUAUACUGGUGGCUUUGAUGGAACAUCCAACGUGCUCGCAGGAAAGCUUUUCAAUAUACCUGUAAAAGGCACACAUGCGCAUGCUUACAUCACUUCUUUUUCUGGCAUUGGAGAGCUAAAAACGCGUUUAUUAAGACACAAGAUAACUGGUAUCACUGGGGAUUUAUUGGAUCACGCUGUGCGACAUCGUCAGGCAUUGGCACUUGUACUUGAUGUUUCACAAGAAGAGUCGAGUGAAGGCGAAUUGGCAGCAAUGGUGUCCUAUGCAAUUGCGUUCCCAGAUGGAUUCAUGGCACUUGUCGAUACGUAUGAUGUUAAGAGCAAAUUUCAAUCUUCGAAACCAAGCAAAGACAACAGUGUGACAAAAAAUUACGAAUUGCUAACGAACUUAACACAAUUGAAUGGGCACAUUCACAAAGAGGCCACCAACGGACAUGCUAGCAUAAAUGAGCUUCAAAUUAAGAACGAAACUCUAGUUGAUGGAAAUAAAAGAUCUCUGGAUACAAAUGAGGUUGUUCUAACUUCACGAUUGGGUGUAACCGGUCAAUCUAACAUCAUUAUCACCAACCAGCCCACAUGUAAUCAAUCUUUACCAUCAUAUACUUCAAAUUCGUAUCUGCCAAAAUAUGUCGAGAAGUCAUUCAGAAGCGGGCUUUUGAAUUUUUGCGCUGUAGCCUUAGCACUAAACGAUUUGGGUUAUCAUGCAGUGGGAAUUCGCAUUGAUUCCGGUGAUUUGGCUUACUUAUCCUGCUUGGCACGUGAAACCUUCGAGAAGGUGGCUGAUCGUUUCAAGGUUCCAUGGUUCAACAAGUUGACAAUUGUGGCCUCGAACGAUAUUAAUGAAGACACCAUUCUCAGUUUGAAUGAACAAGGACAUAAAAUCGAUUGCUUCGGUAUUGGUACUCAUUUAGUUACUUGCCAGAGACAACCAGCUUUGGGUUGUGUCUAUAAGCUAGUUGAAAUAAAUGGCCAGCCGCGCAUUAAACUUAGUCAGGAUGUAGAAAAGGUGACUAUGCCGGGACACAAAAAUGCUUUCAGACUAUACAGCGCUGAUGGCCAUGCAUUGAUUGAUUUAUUGCAAAAAGUGACCGAACCACCACCAAGUGUUGGUCAGAAGGUUUUGUGUCGUCAUCCUUUUCAAGAAUCUAAACGGGCCUAUGUAAUUCCCUCACACGUUGAGCUGUUGUACAAGGUCUAUUGGAAGGAUGGCCAAAUAACACAACAAUUACCCACUCUUGAACAAGUUCGUGAAAAGGUUCAAAUCUCACUGAAGACGCUAAGGAAUGACCACAAACGCACACUCAAUCCAACACCCUACAAGGUGGCCGUUAGCGAUAAUUUGUACAACUUCAUUCACGAUUUGUGGCUGCAAAACGCACCGAUAGGUGAACUCUCAUGAUCUAUAUAAGCUGUUGGAGGUGUCACGGCGCAAAUCGUAUGUGUAUAGAGCUGGAAGGAAAGUGAUAACUCUACAUAAUGAAUAGAUACUUAAAUAUAAUACAUACAGGCAAAACUAGUUGAGCACUUUGCUUAGCAGUUAUUGGUAAAUACAUAAGAAGUUGAGAAUUAAUUUGACAACUCUUCAUGGCAAGAUGGACGAGCGUGAAUGAAUGAAAACUGCUUAUUACUAUGUAUUAUUAAGUUGUAUGUAUGAAAAGUUUUUCAAAUUGAUUGAAAAAAAUUUUAAAUACUUAAAAAAUAAACCAUACACAUUAUACAAUAUUAUAUAAAAAGUAAUUAAUAAAUGUAAAUUGCAGCACAACUUAUCAGGAAUGCGUCUUGUGCCUUAUGUACACAGACCCCAUUGUUAUAUAUGUAUAUGCGUAUAUCUACGUCAAUGUACAUAUGUAUAUAGGUGUGUAUAUGUAUGAUUUAUGAGUACUAUAUAUUGUUACUUAUGUAUCCACGUACAUUGUAUCAGGUAUAUAUGUACAUGCAUAUGUACAUAUAUGAGCUUAUUGAUAGAUGUUCGUUACAAAUGAAAAAAUGUAGUUUAACUAGAAAUGUGUGCGUUUGUAGCAACUCCUUGAUUGUGAGUGUCAACUGAUAUUUUCACGCAUAAGAUAUCAACGAUUUUUGGUGACUAUCAUCGUAUUUAUCCACAACCAAAAUGUGAAAAAUGCACAACUAAUAUUAUUUAUCACAGCGUAUUGAAUGCAUAACUAUUGUAUGUUCGCAUUCCAAAUUAUGUAGUCCACAUUAUAGGCAAUAAUAUAUUAACAGACUUAGCUUCGAUGAUUUCCUAAUGAUUCAUUUAUGAAAAUUCAGCGUCUUUGUUUGAACGCUUAAUGUAGUAUAUAUUUCUAGUAUGUAUUUGUAGUAAUAUUAAGUUAUAAUUUAUAACAUUAAUUAUUACCAGAAGAAUAUUUUGUACAUUUAUGACAGUUCAACGAAACCCAGGUUUUAAAAAUUUUGUGGCAGAAAUAAAAAAA